AUGAAACUCAUUUGUGCGGGUUUACCCAAGACGGGCACCAAAUCCAUUGCCAAUGCAUUGAGGAUUCUUGGCUACAAAGUGUACGACAUCGAUGAUCAAAUCCUUCAUUACAUGGACGAAUGGCUGGAUCUCUUCAACGUUGGUAAAGUACCAGAUUUUUACUCCAUGUUUAAGGACGUAGACGCGGUUAUUGAUGUUCCCAGUAACUUAUUUUUCGAAGAGCUCAUGGAAGCAUUUCCUGACGCGAAAGUUAUUCUGUCUAUACGAAAAGACGAAGACGCUUGGAUGCAAAGCUAUACGAAACAAGUUGAAGUCUACAGAAGCUCAUUCCUAACGAGGAUAAGACGAUUCCUUCCAACGCACGCCAAAUUCUUGAGGAUUCUUUUUGGUACGAGAAUGGCAGCAUUUGGAGUUGCUGAUCUGAAAUCUUCCUACAUCUGUCGCAAACGAUAUCGCCUGCAUAAUGACCGCGUCAGGUCUGUGGUUCCUCCAGAGAAAUUGCUAGUGUUUGGCGUUGAGCAAGGAUGGGGACCGUUGUGUGACUUUCUUGGCAUGGAGACACCGGACAUGGCUUUCCCCCACCUGAAUGUCAAAGGUCAAGUUUUCAAAACUAUCAUCGAAGAUACUGAAUUAGGAAGGAAAAUUACACGUGAAGCGCAGAAUUUGGUGGUGCUGUGUACUGCAGUAAUUUUUGCAGUUCUUGGAAUUGUGUUAAUUUACUUUGUACUGUAA